AUGCAGGUGAAAAAAGGGCAAGAGCUCAAAGUUUUCUUGAACACUCCAGAAGAAUCUAUGGAGAUAAUUAAUUUCAGCUCUAAACUCUUCUUCAGAGGGGUGGAUGAGACAGAAGAAAGAGAUGUUUUCCAAGACCACACAGACACCCGAUCUUGCACCAGGGAGGAAGUGUCAGAGAUUCUUGGCUGGCAGCUCUGUUCUGAAAUGUCAUACCCUGCCCUAGCCAGUGGUUUGGUUUUCCCCCUCGCUGGACCUUCGAGAGUGGCUGUCAUAUUAACAAAGAAAGACAGAGGCCUGCAGCAGUACGUUGUGGAAGCUGCAUAUAACUAUAUCCCUCAGGAGAAUUCAUGGAUCCCAAAUGAAGCUGUCUUUCGCUUCUUCAUUGGUACUCCAAAGUCAGACUUGAAAAGGGAUGUUGGUGUUGAUCUCAGUUUUAGUGUCCCACAGAAGAAACUCAGAAUCCAGUUUAUACAACCUAAGAGAAAAAUCGAGAUUGAUGGGAGGAUUGAGUUUUCUAAAAAUUCACGAAUUGGACACCUGGAGCUGAUAGUGGAUGACCGAGACGUGUAUUACAUUAAGGGAAUGACAGAUUUGCAGGUGCUGAGUGGAGAGCAGAGAUACAUGACCCAGCUGGAGGUAAAGCUGAUAAAGCAAAGCAGUCCUGUCAUUCUGUCAGGGAACAUCACUAAACAGCUUGGCAAGAAGAUAGCUUUCUCAGUAUCCCUGAAUAAUUUAUUGAAGGAUGCUGCAUUUCUUUCAGCACUUCUGGAGAAAAAGGUGGAUGAUAAGCUGAGACAAUACUCUUUGGAAGGGGAGACCUGCCUUCCAGGCGUUCUUGGAGCUCACGUCAUCUCUCUUCUCCAGCAACAUGAGGGCCUGUGGUCUCACAGUUUGAGGAUAAAGUAUGGGAUCCUAGGAGAGGCAAAAAAUCCUCGUCAUGAAUGCAGCAUGAGGCAAAAUAUUAAAGUGGAGACAGGUGCACAUGGAGUGUACAAAGUGGAUAUUGGGCACGAAUUUCACUGUGUGCAGACUCCAACCUACAAUCACAAGGUUCACCUGAAGCAUGAAGCGAGUGCAUCUUGGCUUUCCUCCCAAAUGGAAGUGAAUUAUGGGAAACACUGGGAUGAAAAAAACAACAAGAAGAAACUGCUGAUCGGCCAAGCAUUUAAGAACAGUUCCAGUCCAUCUGUAGUCAGCUAUUUCAUGGAGUUUGCCCUGCAAGUCCUGGAAAAGCAGGUGAAUUACAGAACCCAGCUGCAGCACUUGCACACCUCUAAGGUGUAUUUGCAGAGCAGCACCAACUUUGAGGUGCAGUACAAUGACCACAUGCCAUUUGUGGCUGGGCUGCAGUGGAAGGACGCAUCCAGAAAUGGUCUGAAGAAGUGGGAAGGUGGGUUAAAUCUAGACACCCCAUGGCUGUAUCUGUAUGCAGCUCACAAACUACAUCAGCCUCAGAAUUCUGCUUAUUUAGUGACAACAGAGCUGACAACUGGAAAAGCUCUCUCCAUUAAGAAUCUCGUAGUGGAACUGUUCUAUAAAGAUCAAGGCAAUGAAAAGGAAGGGAAAGUUCACAUUUACACACCAGCUACCACAUACCUGCAGGCAUCCACAUUUAAUCGUCUCGGGAGGAAUGUUCUGCAUAGCUAUGGUGAAAUGAUCUCUCUGUGGAAUCAGCUUGUGAAGAAUGAGAUUCAUUUGGAGAAUAAUGAACGAGCCAAACUUCUCUGCUUUAAGAUAACAAGUACAAAACAGGAAUUUAACUUAACAGCCAGCUAUCAGAAUCUGCCAACGUUGGAAGGUCAGAUAGAGGAGCUGAAGAAGGAGAAGAUGCUCUAUCAGAAACGUGGAACCCUCCAUUUCAGGCAUCCUUUUAAAGUGCCCUUUCUGCAGAGCUUCCUCCUGCAGGAGACAUUUACAGUUGACAAAAAGCAAAAGCACUAUUUCAUGGAGACAAAGGUUUUGAUAAAUAGGGUUGAGGAAACAGUUCAAACUCUUAUACUUGGUUACCAACCUGAAAAUCCCUAUGUGAAGAAUGAAUUUGAGACUAUCUUGAAGGUGAAUAAGGAAGAUGUCCUCAGCUUUCUAGGGAGGUAUCAGAACAAAUCCAGUGAGGCUGAUUUUAGACAUGUUUUGCACAUGGAUAUGACACAGUCAUUCCAGCUUGAGUUUCCACAGGCAAUGGGCCUCAGUGGGGAGCUGUUUUCCAGGCAGAACAAACUGGAACACUUUGACUGUGGUGUGAGUGUAAAAGCCAUCAUCAACAAGAACGUGUCUUCACAGGCCCAGGCAGCCCUGAGGAGUUAUGGUGAGAGCAACUUCAAUGGCUCUCUUCACCUUCACUCCAGCGGAAGGGACAUGCUGAUGCUGGAGCUCGAUGUGAACAACGAAAACAGGAAGAAUGGCAGAGCUGUUGCACUGAGGGCUUUUCUCCAUCAGACAAUCCUGACAAAUCCAGAAUCGAUACAGCUGCAGCUCAUUGGCAAAAUGUUUCCAUCAAGACUUCUGAUAUCUUCUGAGUUGAAACUUAAUGAAAAUAGGCUUCACGUGGAUUUCAUGGGAGCCAGGGAACAGAAAGCUGGUAAUAUCAAUGUGAUGGUCAACAAAACGCUGUAUGGACUCCACCUCAGGAACAGGAAUGUGUUUGGGAAUGUCACUGUACACAACAUCACUGUUGCCAUGUUUCAGAAUGGCAGUCUGGCAAUCCCAGUGGAGGCAAGACUGAAAGGGCACCUGGAGCUGAGUAAAGAGAUGAAGAGGGGGCUAGCCAGCUUCCAGGUGGAUGAGAAGGCUCUUUCUGUGGAUUUUUUCAAUAUCAUGAGUCGUGGGCACAGCAGAGUCAGUGGGACUUUCACACAUAAUAUCGACUUCUUAAAAAAUGCAGGAUUGCCAUGGGAUGGCAUUCUUACUGCCAGGUGUGAGCGUGGCACAGGAAAUCACACUGUUGCUGUAGCCCUGCAGAGUGGCAGGGAAGGGAUUACUGUUGAGUUUGGAGGGCACAGACUGGCCACAGAACCUCCUAAAUCCCAGCUCUCUGUGAGCUUAAAGCACAACAUCUCAAAGAUAAAAGAACAAGGGAUCCCUUUUAUUGUGGAGGCUGCUGGCUAUUAUGAGAAUUUCACCACAAAGAUUGCUGCAGGGAUAACAACCACAGUGGAGAAGGAACAGCUCAAAAUUGAAAUAGAGAAGGAAAUCACUGGCAGUGCUGUGGAAAUUUCUCUCUCACUUCACCAUGAUGUGGGAGGACUGAUGGACAUUGUUCCACGUGUACUAGAGACUCCAGCAAGAGUUUCACUGAAUGGGUCAUUGUUUACCAGCAACUUUACUGUCAUCUUCUUUGGACAUGUUUCCUUUCAUGACAUGUUUGCCUGCCUGCAGCUCCACGCCACUGCCAACAUCCAGCCUCAUUUGGAAAUCCAUUUCCAGCAUUCUUUGCCUUCACUUCGUUCUCUGGGGAUUGCCAGAGAGAACCAAGUGAAGGUGUCAGCCCUGAGAAGUGACAAGUAUAAGGGCAUCCUUGGUGUUGUCCUUGGGCCUUGCAGUCUGAAAGCUGAUGGAGAAGUGAACCUGGCAAACAAUGAAACACAGUGGGUACUUACUGUCAGGAACAAGUGUGUCAGUCUGGAGGAGGUGGGAUUGCCUCGUGCAGUGGUCUUUGGGGGCUCAUUUCAACAGAACAUCUGCAACGUGGGCUUGUUAAUGAACCUCCAGUGUGAUGGCAGAACAGUUGAUGUGCAGAUAGACACUUCCUGCCAACACGAAUACACACUCCAAGGGAUGCUCAGGCACUCACUUCCCUGGCUCAGUCAGCUUGGGCUCCCUUUGGAAAACUCUGUCUUGUUCUCUGCAGCCACAGACUCUGCCACAGAGGGCAUUUUGUUGCUGCAGGCUGGCAGAUGCAGACUUAAGGCUAGAGGAGAUCUCUGUAUUCAGGAUAAAGCUGAAUGGACACUGGAAACAGAAUCAGAAUGUCAACUUCUGCAGGAUCUCAGUUUCCCAACUCAGUCACGGCUCACAGGAUCCAUUCAGAAAGACAAGUGCCAAGCAGAGCUUCUCUCAGUCCUGGAAACAGAAGGCAAAACUGCCCAUCUUGAAGUGAGAGCAGAGUGCAAGCCAAAGAUUACACUGGAAAUUCAGUUCAGGCAUGACCUCCCCCAGCUGAAGGAAAUCCCAAGGGAAAAUGAGCUGUCCAUCACUGCACGGAAACAGCUGAAAUAUUUUCUUGGAAUAGGAAUGAAAGUGGGUGCUUGUGAGCUUCAAAUGAAUGGGGACUUUGACCCUGAAAAGAAGCUUCAGUGGAAAAUGCUUAUAGAAAAUAAAUGCCAAACAAUUCAGGACCUUGGAGCACCAGUGAAAAUUGAUGGGUCAGGCUACAUUUUGACGGAUAAAAUGAACCUGGAUUCACAGACAUUGAUCACUGUUGAUGAAAGUAAAUUCCAAGGACUCCUGAUACUCAAAGUCACUGAUGAAAGGCAAGAGCUGGAUGCAGUGCUAACCCACAACAUUCCAGGAGCUGCUGACAUUGGCAUUCCUAUGAAGAUGUUAAUUGAUGUGAUAUCAGAAAAAAACAGUGACUUCUAUAAAAGAUUUAUUCAUUUCUGUGUGAACAACAAGCAAAUUACAGAAGAACUGAACUUUGUCCAGAGGUUGGAUGUUGUGUCUCUUAACUACAAACUCACUCAUAACUUAGAGGUGCUGAAGACUUUGCAAAUAAAAGACAGGAUUGAGCUGCAGGCUAUCUUGAACCUGGAAGUCACCAAGAGCUUUAGUAUGAAAGUGCUUUAUGGUACUCAUCUAACAGUGCUUGAAGGACAAAUCCAGGAGUUUGAAACAAGUACCAACAUAACAGGGAAUUUCCAUCACACUUUGCCAUGGCUGCUACAAGCCAGAGUCCCACCAUCUUUACAGGUAGAUGUGGUUUUUCAAGGGAGAAACACUACUCAAGAAAGAUAUGUACAUAUUGCAGCUGGAGAAACAUCAAUCACAUACAUAAUAAACUCCUAUUAUGUUGGUCACCAACUGGAUAUCUUCUGCCAAAGUGUACACAGCAGUGAGGUACUCCAGGCAGCUGGUUAUCCUAAGGCAAUCAACUUGAUUCUCAGCUUACAGGAAUCAGAAAACAAAGCCAAGACUGUCUGUGAAAUCCAAUAUGAUGAGAAAGAUAUAACUGUGACUGUGGAUGUUGGCACAGACUUUCAACUCUUCGGUGUAUUUGUGUUCAUGGCAGAGGUGAAGCAUUCCAUAUCACUUCUCCAUCAUCUGGGACUUCCCUUCUUUCUUAAGGUGACAAUUCAGGAAGUCCUGACUGAAAAUGAAACUGCAGGAGCUCUGAGGCUGACCUAUGAACAAAACACAAACUUCUCCUUUGCCAUCAGCAGGAAAAAAGACCAGCAAGGUGAAGAGUUGAAUAUAAAAGCACUCCAGACUCAUCCCUUCUUUCUACAGUACUUCCCCAGUGCAGCAGAAGUGUCUUCUAAGGUAAAUUAUGAUAUGAGUGAAGCAAAAGGCAAACUCUGCCUCAGGAUGGAAAAAAGGGAUUUCAAUGUUACAGUGAAGCUCACUUUGACUGGAACCAGCUACACCAAUGCCCUUGAAAUAGUACAGACCAUGUCCCAGUUAAAAAUGGUUCCAAGGCAGCUUGUGUUUAUGACUGUUUACCAAAAGGGCAACAGGACACGUAUGCUGAGGCACAUUGCUCUGUGGGAUGGCAAAGAGACAAAGGUAACAGGCACUUACACUGGACUCUUCCCAAAGUUGCCUGGAGGUCACAACAUUCAGGUGGAACUUUUCCAUCCUCUCUCCAUCCCUUUCCCACGGCAUGCCAGGGUCAACUUAUAUGUGAAACAUUCGGCACGUCAUCACCGGGAUGAUCUUACUGUCAUUUGGAAUGAGGAGGACCAGAUAUCAGUGUCAUCUUCUCUGAAGUUUGGAAGACACCGGACAAACUACAGAGCCACUGUUGCCCACCCAUUUAAUUACACCCUGAAGCAACUGGAGAUCCAUUCCCUGUCAGAAAGAAGGGGCAGAAAGUACAACCAGCAGCUGCAGCUGGCAGGGAAUGCUGGGCAGCCUGCUGACAUCCGACUGACCCUGGAGGAUAAAUCCAAGGUGGACAUCACUGCCUGGGCAGGCUGUGUGACACUCUCUGCAGGCCAGCUUCAGAGAAUAUUAAGUAUGGAACACCUGCAUGCAUGUGGGUCUCUAGAGCAAAAAUCAACACUGUUUAAUGAAUAUCUAGAUCUGAACUGGGAUGACAAAAAAAUCAAACACAAUUUAACAUAUGAGAGAAAUCAAUUCUUGUAUCCUGAUAAAUUCCAGUUAGAAGCUGUCCUAGAAAAUAUUUUCCUGACCCCAUGCACCAAACAGAAGAUUCUGGGUAAAAUAGAAACAAACUACUGCUCUUCCCUGGAUCAUUACACAAGCUUUGAGCUCUGUGACCUUCAAAAUGUAAUUGUUUUAUCUGGAAAACACCAGCUCAACAAAGAUAACAUCAUUUUGCAGUCAGAGGGCAGAUUCCACCUUGGUGAUCACAGGACAGAUGGGGGGUUGAUUGGAGUAUCCAUAAAGAAUCAGAGCACUGCUGAUGUGAAGAACUAUUCUAUGGAAAUUGAUUUAAGAGCCUUUGAAGACAUUUGGCUAGGCCUGGCAGGAACUGCUACUUCCUCAUCUGUCCAGAGCCAAAUCCUGGUGGAGGGGAAUAUUGAUCAGAAAGAGAAAGUAAAAGUGGCAGCUUCAAAAGGAAAGGAGUGCAUUCAGUACUACCUGGGGUAUCUGAAAGGGGAUUUGGAAGAAGGAAUGGAAGUCAGCGCUUGUUCUGAUGGGCAGGAGAUGGCUGCCAUUAACACCUAUCUCAGCAUCAAUGGAGAAAGGAAGGAAAACACGGGACAAGUGACUCUAGCAGCUGCUAAUGGAAGCUUGAGUUUUCUGGCUCAGGGAUGCGGGGAUCUAGUUCUUAAGGCUGAGUACAAGCUUAAUGAAAUUGGGAGUCUUUUGAAAGCCAAACUGAUGGAAAAGAUAAAGAAGUUUGAUGGAUACAUGUGGAGAUUCAGGAGAUCAGUGCAGCAAGUUGGUUUCCUGUCUGAAGCAGCUGGCUGGCCUUCCACAGCCUUGCAGAAGGCGGCAGGAUUCCUGCUCAGCGGGGGCAGAGCUGUCGCCCAGGCGUGGAAGCAAAGCGGAAUCGGGCAGAUCCUGAGGAGCAAGGUCCCGCUUUACCUGGAUAAAGUUCAAGGCAUUGUCCAGCAAAUGCAGAACGAAUUACAAAAGCCACUAGCAACUUUGAAGGAUGCCUACUAUGACGUAACCUUGAAGCCACUGGAUGAGGUCUGGAAAGAGAAGACAGAAGAGUACAUGAAGAAAAUCCAGGCUUUUUUACCCAAUAUUGUAAAGGAUGCAUGGCUCAUGGAACCAAUCCAGCUGGCAUUAAAGGUUGUGAAAGCAGCCUUGGAUACGACCACACAGCAGAUGUUCAGGUGGGCAGAGGCCACGUUUUCCAGAGCUGUGAGGAAGAUCCGGAAGCCCUUGCUCAACCUGUACAGUUUUUCAGCCAGGAACUGUUCCGUGGCAGUAAAACUGCCAGUACUGCCCAAAGGAGACCACUCCCUACAGCUGGCAAAUGUUCCUACUUAUCUCGUUGGAGAGAAAAUAAUGAGGCCUCUGCAAGACCUCUACAAAAUCAACAUCCUUGCGGAGUAUUAUAGAUUCAAACGGAGGAUGGUGGAGAGUCCCUUUGAAUAUCAUGCUCUGUUAGUGGGAACCAAACAUCUUGUGACUUUUGAUGGAAAAAUUUAUGAUUUGGCAUCAAAGUGCAGUGUACUUCUUGCCAAGGAUUUUGUCCACAAUGCUUUCACUGUAAUACUAAGUGAGGAAACCAGUAACUCAAGAUCACUGUAUGUGGAGAUGAACCAGACUGUGAUCAGUAUCCACCCAAGACUGAAGAUCUCCAAGAUGUUCUCCUUUACGGAAGAGAGCUGCCAAGUACUGGAUAAAUCACUUGAAAAGAAUACCACUAAUUCAAGGAGAGAAACCAACAAAAUAGAAAUAUCUAAUCAGAAAGGAGUUUCUCUAUCCUGUGACUUUCAGUAUGAUCUCUGUACUGUCACUCUGGCUGGGUGGCACCACGGUAUCUCAGCUGGGCUUUUUGGUACCAAUGAUAAUGAAGCUGGAAAUGAAUGGAUGCUUCCUAAUGGUUCCUUCACUGACAACGUGCAAGAGUUCACACAGAGCUGGCAGGUGAACAAGUGCAGUCUUGUACCGAAGAAAGAGAAGUCAUGUCCAAUUACAGGCAAUCAAAACAUCUGCAAAGUGUUUUUUGAAGAACCACAUUCACUUCUUAGGAACUGCUUCAAAAUUGUGGACCCCGAGCCCUUCUACACCAUGUGUACACAGGACACCUGCGAGUCCCCGGCCCCGGGGGCUGCCUGCAGCUCAGCAGCAGCUUUUGUUCAUCUGUGCAACCGGAAUUUUGUCCCUGUGGAAAUCCCUCCACAGUGCUUGAGCCUGUUCUGAAUGGCACAUACCAGCCCUGGAGAUGGAAGAACCCUUUCAGCACCCAAAAAUAGAAGUUAUUUUAGGUAGACAAGCUAGAGGCAGGAGCAGGAGAACAGUAGCAGUGCAAAUGCAUUAGUGUUAGACAAUGAAUAUAAUGAAGCACAUAUAGUAUAAAAGGAAAGCUUUCCACCAGAACCCCUGAGGGCAAGAGGAAUUAUUUCAGUAUACUGACAAGAAACUAUAAUCAACCAAAGGAAAUUGAAAGUAAUAGUAUCAAUUACUUUAAAAGAAUUCUCCCAUUCAGUGGCAAAAUUGUGUCUCCACAAGCCUUGAACCAUAGCAU